GUGACGUGAAAUCCGGCCGCCAACACUGACAGCACUUUUUCGCGGUAAAAUGAAACGAAUACCUUCUGUUUGUAUCGAGUUCUUAAAAUCUACCGUCUAACGUGUAGUUUACCUGUAACAUUUUGUGUUGACACCGUUUUGUGAGACAUUUAGAUUGACAGUGAUGUUGUGAAGUAGGACAAAGCCGACAUUAGUUACCAACCUUUCACCAAAACAUAACUCUUCAUAUCAUAGAAAGUAAAUACGAGAGAACAAUGGCUCUAGUGACAGGAGAAAGUCUACAAUCAGAGCUGGAAAUGUUCGACAUACCCUGCAAAGAUGAUUCCGUCCUCGACAAGAUGGUGGAGCAGUGUAUCUGUAACAGGAUGCAGGCAGAUGAGAUAGUCCUGGAGUGGGUGGCCUACAGCACCACAAAGAACGGACUGAAGCUCACCGCGGACACCCUGGAGCAAUUUGAACACGAGGUUUUAAACAAGAAGAAUAAGAGCAAACAAAGCUUCAGAAAAGAAGAAACCCACAACAGAACCAGGGACAUCCACUCACUGCAUGACUUAAUUAAAGCUGAAGAAGAGGAGGAGAAUCUACUGGACGCCUACUCUACUCCAGCUAAGGGCUCUCAGAAGCGGGCACUGACCACUCCUGAACACCCGCAAUCAAAAAGAACAGCAGCUCUGAUGGCCAGCCCGGGCCUGCUGCUAUCUCCUUCCAGCUUUUCCCCAAGUGCAACACCCUCACAGAAGUACAGCCAGCGAGGAGCCAAAGGGGAGGUGGUUGCUACAUUCGGGGCCGUGCAGGGAACUCGCUGGGUCGGCAAGAGGGCUUUGGGUGCGGAUGUCCAGCUGGAGCUGCUAGAAGGGCCAGAAGACUCGCUCCGCUGCAGCUACAAAUACAUGUUCCAGAGGCUGCGUGAUGUUCGAAAUGUUUUGACCGAGAAGAUAGAGGAGCUCGGCGAAGGCCUCAGGUCGCACUUCAAUAUUGAAGAGUUUUCCCCCGUCUCUCUGCCGGCCCAGGACAGCAUUACUGUGUUGGGACAGGUUUGCUGUGACAGUAACGGAAAACUAAACGCACAGUCCGUACUGUUGGAGGCAGGACCAGAGCAAGGUGGUCAGCAAGUACCCGUGGACCUAUCAGAGCUUAAAGAGUACUCCCUGUUUCCUGGUCAGGUGGUGGUGAUGGAGGGCAUGAACACGACAGGAAGGAAAAUUAUGGCUUCUAAACUGUCUGAGGGAAUUCCUCUUCCGUUCUACACCUCUGAUGUGAAGAUGGAGACCGAUGAGGAGCCUGUGAAUGUUCUGGUAGCAUGCGGCCCGUACACGCCCUCUGACAGCCUGAUGUUUGACCCUCUGCUGGACCUCAUUAAUGUCAUAGUCAGGGAUCGUCCUGACGUCUGCCUGCUGCUCGGCCCCUUUGUGGAUUCCAAACAUGAACAAAUUGAGAAAGCCCAGGUGACCGAGACGUUUGAGGCCAUUUUUUCCAGAUGCAUUGAAAGCAUUGUGGAUGGGACAAAAAGUGUUGGCAGUCGCCUGGUGUUGGUGCCAUCCCAGAGAGACAUCCACCAUCAUUUCAUCUACCCACAGCCCCCCUUCACCCUGCCGAACCUCAGCAAGGACCAGGCCCAGCGUGUCACCCUGGUCCCUGACCCCUGCACACUGCUGAUCGACGGCGUGACCUUUGGCUUGACAUCCACAGAUAUCCUGUUCCACAUGGGUGCUGAGGAGAUCAGCUGUGGCACUGGAUCGGACAGAUUUUCACGCAUACUGAAACACAUGCUCACCCAGAGGAGUUACUACCCGCUGUACCCCCCUGUGGAGGAGGUGAACAUGGAUUACGAGAAGUUUCAGAGCUUUGGUCAGAUGCCGUUAACCCCUGACGUUCUCAUCAUACCUUCUGAGCUGCGCUACUUUGUGAAGGACGUGGUCGGCUGCGUGUGUGUGAAUCCUGGACGGCUGACUAAGGGCCAGGUGGGCGGGACUUACGGCAGACUGCUCAUUCAGCGCAGUGCUGCAUCAGACGACGGGACGAGAGUGAGCCCGUGUUUGGCUGCUCAGGUGGUUAAAAUCUAAAGGACAUAAAGACUUCAAUUCUCAAUGUCAGCAAAAACAGGCUGACCAGGACUUGUUUGCGUACAGCUUUGACCGCAGUGCGCUAAUGGAAGGCAAACAAAC